UUUCCGGCUUCCACGCCGGGGGAUGUGGGAGUUCACAGGAAGCACCUGAACGUAGCACAACAUUACAGCACUCCAACGGUGAGAAGAAUCAAGAUGCAGACCAUAAAGUGUGUGGUUGUCGGUGAUGGUGCGGUGGGAAAGACUUGCCUGCUCAUCUCCUACACCACCAACAAGUUUCCCUCUGAAUACGUCCCAACGGUUUUUGAUAACUAUGCCGUGACAGUGAUGAUCGGCGGGGAGCCGUACACUCUGGGACUGUUUGACACCGCAGGUCAGGAGGACUACGACAGGCUGCGACCCCUCAGCUACCCUCAGACCGACGUCUUCCUCGUCUGUUUCUCCGUAGUAUCGCCUUCCUCUUUUGAGAAUGUCAGAGAGAAGUGGGUGCCGGAGAUCUCCCACCAUUGCCCGCGGACGCCCUUCCUGCUGGUCGGGACUCAGGUGGAUCUGAGAGACGACAGCAACACUCUGGAGAAACUGGCCAAGAACAAACAGCGAGCCCUGACCUGUGAGAGCGGGGAGAAACUGGCCCGGGAACUGAAGGCCGUCAAAUACGUGGAGUGUUCAGCCCUCACACAGAGGGGUCUGAAGAAUGUGUUUGAUGAGGCCAUCCUGGCAGCUCUGGAGCCUCCAGAUAACAAACCCAAGAAGCGCUGCGUCCUGCUAUAGAUGCAACAUGAGGAGGAGGAGGAGGAGGAGGAGGAGGAGGAGGAGGAGGAAGGGGAGGAAGGGAGGAGAUGAACCAAGAAUGGAACGGAGGGAGGCAGUACUGAGAGAAAGGGGGAUGGUGUGGACGAGGUCAUUUGUAAAACAGUGCCUUCAGCCGUAGUGACUUACCGUGGGGUGUGGUGUUGGAAGAGGCAGGCUCUCGACAGGCUUUAUUUUCAUCAUAGAUUCGUGUCCAUUAUAAUAUGACUAACACAUGUGGGCGAACAUUCCUCACUAACCAGGAAACAGGCUUUCAAUAAUAGGAGGAGAGGGUUGCACGUCAUGAAGCCUUAAAUAGUGGGUGGAGUCACGGUUACAGCCCAAACUGGCAACCACCUCCUGAAAACAUAUUUACUCAAGUCACAAAUUGUAAAGUUUCACAUGUCUUUGCUGCCCUCUUACAUUUAUUGAGAAAUCUUACUUUGGUCCAGAGCAGAUUGCAUUUGCACCAUAGAAAGAGUAGUUAAAAACAAUGAGGCAUUAAUGAUAUUUUUUCCCAGCUACCAGUCUGAUUAGAACUACAAAAAGGGGAGAAAAUGGGGCGAAAAGGAGUAAUAUUUAUGAUUUAAAGAGACAUUAAAAGGUGACCCAGUUUGUGAGCAACGUGCCCCGCAGCUGCCGUCAUGUUCAGUAGUAUAUGUUGAGAUGCCGCUGUAACCUGACUUCAUCCAUAAAGAGAUUCCAUAGAGCUUCACUGACUUUGGUUUUGCAGUCGAUAAAACGAUGUAGAGACACUCACACACACACACACACACACACACACACACACACACACACACACACGCAGCAGUUAAUGAUGCACACCUGCAAUAAUAACAGGGGUGAUGAUCAAGAGUUGCACGUCCUUAAAAAAAACAAAGUCAAACUUUUGAGUUGGAACAUGAGAAGGUUGAGUUUCAUGAGACACAUUUCAAGGCACAGGGUGCUCACCUGACUGUUAAGCAAACAUUUGCACGUAAAGAUGCGUUUCACCGCCAUCAUGCUGCCUUUUCUCUCCCGCCGUCUCACUGUGGACAUCCUCACACUCCAUCGUCACAGGGGAAUCGAUUGGCUGUAACUCUUUAAAAACUGCAUACCACCUCAUAUAAAGUAUUUAAGGUGUUGAAUAUAGAAUAAAAUCCUAAAUAAACCCAUUUUAUAUCCAUUUUUAGAGCAAAUGCCAAAAGAAACAGGAUAGAGCGCGGCCUCAGCUCUGGGUCUUCUUUUGCGAGUCAGCCAGUCACACUUAAGAUACAUUUAUUGCAAAAAACGUUAUGAAAAACCGAGAUAUGGCUGUCAAUACGCUAACGUAGAUGAGUUAAACCCUAGAUUUAAGUCUGUGAAACAUGUGCCAAACAGCCAUCUCAAUUAAAGUCCUAUGAAGCCAUCAUCUGAUAAACAUACAAAUGCCUUAAUUUGACUGCAGCACCAAUCCCAGAAUUCACCUUCUUUUAUUCAAUUGUGUGUGUGUUGAAACUUAAAGUAGUAAUGCCUUAACAUUUGUCAUUUCCUACUCAAAAUCAUAGCUGCCUUAUUGCUUAAGAUCCUAAAAAAUAUAUUUUCAAAGUUUUGGGACAGUUUUUUCCUCUUGGGAAAUAUUGUAACACCGAGCAGCCCUUCUUUAUCAGGCUAUUUUACAUUUCAUUUGUGACAAAGGCAAAACAGUAACCCAACCUGCUGGUGUACAGUUUAAUGGAAUCCUAACUUGCCUUAUGCUGUGGAUAGUAGAUGUGACUAAUGAGCAAAACAUUUCACUCGUGACCUCCUCGUAUUGUUCGCUCCUGCUUCGCUCUCCUCGUUCGUUUGGUGUGUUGGCACCUCCUGGAGGCCUUAAAGGGGAAUACCGCUCAGUUUAAAGGUUCAUCUGUGUUGUUUCUUGGCCAGCAGAAGUGUUUUGGGGCACCAACAAAUCUCCUCUGGAGCCUAAAACAGGAUAAGUUGGACUUAAACUUACAAGAUCAUCAGUUAUACCAUCAGGCAUCUUUAAGCAGCUUAACAAAAUGCGUUUUGGAGUUGCACAGAACUGUUUAGCCGUUUUCGCCCAACUUAGCGUUGUGUUAUGAAGCUAAAUGAUAUGUAAUAAAGGAUAAGAGUACAUUAGCUAAGGAACGGGAAUACCUGAUGUUAUGUCGUGUUUUGGUAAUGCUCUUUAAUACUGAUUAUCCACAGCCAAAUAAUAACCUAAAUCUUUAAACUGAGAAGAUUUCCUUAUUAAAAUUAUCUAUAAUUCCACUUUGCUUAUAUUUUUUCCACUGUUUCGGAGAUGACAGUUUAUUCUGAUAAUGUAUGGAUGAUUACAAGUAUUUUUUAUAUAUAUAUAUAUAUAUAUAUAUAUAUAAUUUUCUUUGUUCCUUAUUGUUUAUUUUGGGGAACAUUAUUUUAGCUGUUUUUUUGGACAUUUGAGGUUUUUAUUUUUAGAUAUUUUUACUGUGUGCCAACAGUUUGAGUAUCACAAACUAAACAACUCUCAUGAUAAGCUUCUAGUGGCAGAAAAAAAACAGCUGAAGCAAUAUUUACAGAAAACUGCUCUGUAUAAAAAGAUGAAUGUUAGAAGUGGUGGGUGUUGUUUGGAAAUAAUAAAAACAGUACUUGAA